CAUUUUUCGAAUUCCUCAAAGCAACCUAAGCUACAAGUGAUAGAAGGCAUUUUCCAACCAAAGAAAACCCAGAUUGAAGUGAAAAAUAUAGCCCUACUCACAAGAUGGAGUUAGUGUCAAGUCACCGUGACCGGAUGAUUGAGUUCUCGGAGGCUAUGGCACAGUGGUACCGCUGCUUCCAGACCACCCAUAUGGGGCGCAAAGAAGCACAUUGUGAUUUCUGGGGUUACGAUUUUCCCCGGUACCCCAUGGACCGUUCACCAUACUGGAUACUGCACCUCAUGGAUUGCGCUGCACCGCCCCCUGCCGCUAUUCCACGGCUGGAACAGGCUGGAGUGGACCCCUCCGAGCUCAUGAGUAGUGAUGGGGAGAGUGUUCUGAUGGUGACUGAUGCCUCUGGCCUGCCCCUGGGCUUUGACGUGCUGGCCGGUGGCUGGGCAGGGUCGUUGGGUGGGGGUGAGGCGGCGGGUGGAGAUGGGAAGGGGGCCCUGGAGACCAUCCAGAGGAUGGUAGGUCUGCUGAGACGCUGCAUGGAGGCCCCCAUGAGUGGCGGGUUGCCUCGGAGACCACGCAUGCUCCACGUCAAUGACAAGAAGCUUCACAGGUUGCUGAGCAGGUGUGAGAAGGCCCUCACCAUUCUGAAGAUGGUUCUGUGGCCCCAGGCCCUGGUUGACUGGGGCCUCACGGAGGUGGAGCAGGCGGACGGAGGAGAGUCCUUCAGUAUGCGCUGGCCUCCGACCUGCUACUGUCACGUGUGUAAGAAACACUCCUUCCCCAGUCAGCUGAAACCAUGUUCCCAGUGCAAGGCUGUCCUGUACUGUUCUGACCAGUGUUCCCAGACAGACCAGAUCCGCUGUCCAGAGGAUGCCAGUCACCAGCACUGGUGUGAAAAACUGGCCUGCUACAUGAGCCACCACUCACAGCUGGCCGACCUGCCAUUCAGCUACGCCGCAGAGGUGACAGCUGAUGAUUUUGACCUGGAACACUUCCUGAAUAAGAAUAAACUGGACAGUGGCUACUGGGUGCACUGGAGCCUCUUGGUGCGCUCCCCCAGAUAUGAGCUCCAUCCCACAGUGGAACAGUCCAGAGGUCCAUACCCCCACUGGUUCACAGGUCACAGUGAGCCCUUUGGACCCCUGAAAAAGGAGGGAGACAUCCUGCUCUGUAGCCCAGCCCCUCAUGCAGUCCCCAGAAUCACCAAACCACUGGUGUUGUGGUGCCAAUACUGUGAGUGGAGGGGUAUCAGUCUGUCCUCUCCUGCAGCUGUUCUUCUCAGCUCCCCUCUCUCCAUCUACUACAUCAUCACCUCGCUGGUGCCCAGAGACUGUGAGUUUCCAGAGCUGAACAUCCUGAAGAAACAGUCUCUAAAGAUCCACAUCAUCGACUCCUACAGGGAGUUCCAUACUCUCAUGGUGUUCUGGGAAUUGUCUAUUCUCCUGCCGCACAUUACCUUUGAACUGGUGUUCAUAGGGGAGGGGCUUCCCCCUGAGAGUGACGAGGAGCAGCUCUUUCUGCAGAAGAAGGACGGCUGUGUCAACCUGGUCAACCCCAGCUUCACCCCGGACGAGAAGUUGGACAGGAGGAGCAUCCGGGUCAAAGGUUACCGCAGGGCCUAUCACAUGCUGCAGGGGCCCAAGCCUGACCUGGUGAUUGGCUUCAGACCGGCAAUCCAGCUUCAGGAGUCGUGGCUCAGCACUCUCCCUAGGCUACAGUCCCUGAGGGUUCCAGCCUACUUCUGUGAGGUCAGUGAGUUGAGCUGUGAGUGCAGCCAGCAGGUGAUGAGCCAGGCCACCGGGGGAACCCUCUCCCCUCCACAAGUCAACCCCUUCCACUGCCCCCUGCGCAUCACUGGAGGAGACAACAUGUUGCCCUGGUAUUCCAAUGCCUUCAUCUUCCAUCUGAUGUACAAGCCCCUGCAUAGUGACAAACGACCUUCUGUGGCCCACCCCAAAGCCCCGCCUCUGCAGGUAGAGCCAGCCAAUCAGGAACCUGAGUACCCCGUCAAGAUGAGUCGCAGGGAUAGGAAGCAGGCCGCCCACAAUAUGCCCCGCAAACGCAAAUGAUAAUAAUGACAAACACACACACACACACACACACACACACACACACACACAGACAAGGCUACUCUCAGUUAACAGACUCAGGGCAGCCUAAUGCUUUAGCUAAAAUAACCUUUUUAUUAAAAAAGACAAAUCAUAGA